AUGUAUAAAUAUGAUGUUUGGACAUUUAAUGAUAGUGUACCUGGACCAUUCAUUCGAGCUCGUGUUGGUGAUAUUAUUGAAUUAAACUUAACCAAUCGAGAUGAAACUGGUAAUCCACAUAAUAUUGAUUGUCAUGCGUUCGAAGGACCAGGAGGUGGAGCAGCUCUUACGACUGCUGAUUUAAAUCAAACUAAAACAGCUCGUUUUCGUCUCUUAUAUCCAGGAUUAUUUGUUUAUCAUUGUGCUGCAGCUCCUGUACCUGUACAUAUUGCAAAUGGUAUGUAUGGUCUAAUCUAUGUUCAACCUGAAUAUGAUACAUUGUCGUCAGUUGACAAAGAAUUUUAUAUCAUGCAAAGUGAAUUUUAUCAUGAACCACCAGAAAAACUCGAAAAUGGAAAAUUAAGUGAUAAAGUUAAAUUUAGUUAUCCAAGAGCUUUAGAUGAAACUGCUAAUGUGGUUGUAUUUAAUGGGAAAGAAUCGGCAUUAAGUCGUGAUGCUCCAUUGAAAGCUUCUACUGGCGAUAGGAUUCGAAUUUAUUUUGGUAAUGCAGGUCCGAACUUAAUUUCAUCAUUUCAUAUUGUUGGAGGAAUAUUUGAAAAACUCUAUCGUGAUGGUGAUGUAGUGUCACCACCAGGAAGAUUUGUUCAAACGACAAUAGUUCCACCUGGUGGUGCCACUAUCGUUGAUAUGAAAAUGCUUGUUCCUGGAACGUAUACCAUCCUUGAUCACGCAAUAUUUCGAUUAGAUAAAUGUUUAGUGGGUUAUCUAAACGUUAGUGGAAAAGCAAGACCUGAUAUUUACGCAUCAAUAGAACCGCCCGCUCCAUGUGUCGGAUGUAAAUUACAUCCAUAA